GAUAGAGCGGGAGAGUGAAGAAGUGAGUGAUGAGCAUGAGUGAGCGUUGGCAAGGCUGAGAGAAGAUGGAAAGAGAUGCAAACAAGUAAGGGGGAGGCAACAAGGAAGAGAGAGAGAAAGAGCGAGAGAGGCAGCGAGAGCAAAGUGAGAGCAUCUUUACAUUCAUGUCCUCUAGUAGGAGGAAGGAAGAAAGGAAGGACGGAAGGAAGGAAUUAAUGAAGAAGGAGUGAAAGAGUCAACGCCCUGUUGUGAGUGAAAGCUUCUCUGCUAAGCUCUCAUCCCAUCAUCCCCACUGAGACGCACACAAGAGGAUACGACUCAGCCACCUCAGCACUUCAAGGAUUCAAGGAGUCAAGGAUUCUUUAUUUGUCGCUGAGGUUUGACUACGGAACAUAAAGUAAUACACCUGUAAGAGGGCUUUUUCUAGAUGAGGAGGCUGAGAGGUGAAGCUGAUGCACCUGCCUGGAGCUGAAAUAGCAGUGGUUCCAACAGUGAGAUCAUUUUUUCCCUUGCAUGGUGGCUGUGAGUUUUUGAUCUCAAAAUGGGAUGCACCACCAGUGUGGUUCUGUUGGAGGGGCUGCGCUCCAUCCUGGAGAGGAACUGUGGCUACAUUAAGGGGGCGAGGGAGCUCGGAGUUCUGGAGGAGGAAGAGGAAAGAUUGAGUCUGAGGGGAUCUCAACUUUGGAUUCCUACCACUGCUCUGGUGAAGCCGAAGAUCAUAGAGCCUCUGGACUAUGAGAAUGUGCUUCUUCAGAGGAGGACCCAGAUUAUCAGUGAUGUUCUGCGGGACAUGCUGCAGUUUCCCACAGAUGACUUUCAGAUCUCCACCCUCCGGCGCCAAGGCAGGACUCUGUUCUCCACAGUGCCAGAGACUGCCGAGAAAGAAGCUCACUCACUCUUUGUGCUCGAGUGCAUCAAAACCUACAAGUCUGACUGGCAUGUGGUCAAUUACAAAUAUGAAGAGUAUUCUGGGGAUUUUCGUCAGCUCCCAAAUAAGGUGUUAAGACCUGAGAAACUAGCAGCUCACCUGUUUGAGGUGGAUGAAGAUGUGGAAAAAGAUGAGGACACAGCCUCUCUGGGAUCCCAAAAGGGAGGAGUGUCAAAACAUGGCUGGCUGUACAAAGGCAACAUGAACAGUGCAAUCAGUGUUACUAUGCGGUCCUUCAAGAGAAGGUAUUUUCAUCUUGCUCAGCUUGGAGAUGGCUCUUACAACCUCAACUUCUACAAAGAUGAAAACACCUCCAAAGAACCCAAAGGAACCAUCUUCCUUGAUUCGUGCAUGGGUGUUGUUCAGAACAGCAAAGUGCGUCGCUUUGCCUUUGAGCUGAAGAUGCAGGAUAAGAGCACGUUCCUGCUGGCUGCGGACAGCGAGGCAGAGAUGGACGAGUGGAUCAGCACACUCAACAAGAUUCUCCACAGCAGCUUUGAACAAGCCAUGCAGGAAAAGAGAAAUGGAGACUUGCAUGACGAUGAGGAGCACGGAAAAACAGACCUCACCUCCGGAAGUUUUCAAGACAGCUUUCAGACGGCCAGAGAUAUUGAGUCCAAAAUGAGAAGUGAAGCUCGCCUCAAGCUGUUCACUCUGGACCCAUACACACAGAAACUGGACUUCUCUGGCAUUGAGCCCGACGUACGGCAGUUUGAGGAGAAGUUUGGGAAGAGAGUCCUGGUCAGCUGUAAUGACCUGUCGUUCAACCUGCAGGGCUGUGUGUCAGACAAUGACGAGGGACCAACAACCAAUGUGGAGCCUUUCUACGUGAUCCUGUCCCUCUUUGACGUCCAGAACAGCAGAAAGAUCUCAGCUGACUUCCACGUGGAUCUCAACCAUCCUUUGGUCCGACAAAUGACAUCAGGCUCUGGUGGUAGCAGCGGGCACGACGUUCAAAUCAACAGCAGUUGUGGUGAUGGGCUCUUCAGUGGUCACAGGCUGGUCAGUGGACUCCCAGAAUGUGCUCUGGAGUAUCCCAGGCAGGGGGUGUUCUCAGUCACAUGUCCCCAUCCAGAGAUCUUUCUCGUGGCCAGGAUUGAGAAGGUCCUGCAGGGAGGGAUCACUCACUGCACUGAACCCUAUAUGAAGAGCUCAGACUCUGCAAAGAUGGCUCAGAAAGUGCUGAAGAAUGCUAAAACGGCCUGCAGCAGACUGGGGCAAUACAGGAUGCCAUUUGCUUGGGCUGCAAGGCCUGUGUUCAAAGAUGCGUCAGGAACUUUGGACAAAAGCUCUCGUUUCUCAGCUCUUUACAGACAGGACAGCAGCAAGCUGUCAGAUGAGGACAUGUUCAAACUGCUUACUGACUUUAGGAAACCAGAGAAAAUGGCCAAACUCCCUGUGCUCUUAGGGAACUUGGAUGUGACUAUUGACAGUGUGGCCCCGGAUGUAACCAAUUGUGUCACUUCCUCCUACAUCCCUGUGAGGAACUUUGAAGGCAACGGGCCAGGCAGUGCUCUGCUGGAGGUGGAGGAGUUUGUUCCCUGCAUCGCGAAGUGCUCCCAACCAUUUACCAUCUAUAAAAACCACCUGUAUGUCUACCCAAAACACCUCAAGUAUGAUGGACAGAAGACCUUUGCUAAGGCGCGCAAUAUUGCGGUUUACAUUGAGUUCAAGGACUCGGAUGAGGAUGACGCCCAGCCACUUAAGUGCAUAUACGGUCGUCCAGGAGGUCCUCUAUUCACAAAGCAGGCGUACGCAGCCAUCCUGCACCACCAGCAGAACCCUGAGUUCUACAGUGAGAUAAAGAUGGAGCUACCUACCCAGCUGCAUGAGAAGCAUCACCUUCUCUUCACCUUCUAUCACGUUAGCUGUGACAGCAACAGCAAGAAGAAAGACCUCGUGGAGACUCCAGUGGGUUCAGCCUGGCUGCCUCUGCUGAGGGACGGCAGAGUCAUCAUGAAUGAACAGCAGCUGCCUGUGGCUGCAAAUCUACCUGCUGGCUACCUCAGCUCUCAGGAUGGUGUCAGCAAGCACUCAGGCUCAGAGAUCAAAUGGGUAGAUGGAGGGAAACCUGUUUUCAAAGUGUCCACUCAUCUUGUUUCUACAGUUUACACUCAGGACCAGCACUUGCACAACUUCUUCCACCACUGUCGAAUCAUGGAGGUGUCAGAACAAGCAUCAGAGGGGGAGCUGGUGAAAUACCUUAAGAGUCUCCAUGCGAUGGAGGGUCAUGUGAUGGUCAACUUCCUGCCCACUGUCCUUAACCAGCUCUUCUCUGUCCUUACCAGAGCCACACACGAAGAUGUGGUUGUCAAUGUGACCAGAGUGAUGGUCCAUGUUGUAGCACAGUGCCAUGAAGAGGGACUUGAGCAUUACUUACGGUCUUACAUCAAGUUUGUGUUUAAGCCAGAGACUUACUCCUCCACUAAUGUGAAAACAGUUCACGAGGAGUUGGCCAAAGCCAUGACAGCCAUACUCAAGCCAUCGACUGACUUCCUAACCAGCAACAAGCUGCUAAAGCACUCGUGGUACUUCUUUGAAGCUCUGGUGAAGUCUAUGGCUCAUUAUCUCAUGGAAAGUGGAAAAGUCAAGCUUUCAAGGAACCAGCGUUUUUCUGCCUCAUUCUACCACGCAGUAGAGACACUGGUUAAUAUGCUGAUGCCUCACAUCACCCAGAAAUACAAGGACAACCUGGACGCAGCUCAUAAUGCCAACCACAGCCUGGCUGUUUUCAUCAAGCGUUGCUUCACAUUCAUGGACAGAGGCUUUGUAUUCAAGCAGAUCAACAACUACAUGAACUGCUUUGUGCCUGGAGACCCCAAGACUUUGUAUGAAUUCAAGUUUGAGUUCCUGCGCGUUGUCUGCACCCAUGAGCAUUACGUUCCUCUUAAUCUGCCCAUGCCCUUUGGAAAAGGGAGAAUACAGAGGUUCCAGGAUCUCCACUUGGACUAUUCUCUGACCGACGACUUCUGUCGAAACCAUUUCCUGGUGGGUCUGCUGCUCAGGGAGGUGGGCGGGGCUCUUCAGGAGUUCAGGGAUGUCCGUCAGAUCGCCGUCCAGGUGCUCAAGGUCCUGAUGAUCAAACAUACAUUUGAUGAUCGCUACGCUGCAAAAAGCCAACAGGCCCGACUCGCCACUCUUUACCUCCCUCUGUUUGGCCUGCUGCAGGAGAAUGUCCACAGACUUGAUGUCAAGGAGUCAGCGCCUUUCAGCACCCACAGUAAUGUGAGAGAGGACUCCAUGAUGGCGCCUCAGAAAACUGGCAGUUGCAUAGAAAAUGCUCUGCACAAAGAUGUGUUCGGGGUCAUCUCUGGAACAGCGUCGCCGCACAGUUCCACUCCCAACGUCAGCUCUGUUAACCACGCAGACUCCAGAGGCUCGCUGAUCUCCACUGACUCUGGAAACAGCCUGCCGGACAAGAGCAGUGACAAAACCAAUUCUCUGGAGAAGAACCAGUGUGCGUCGACUCUGGGCAGCACCGUGCUGCGCUGUGACAAACUGGACCGGGAUGAGAUCAAAAACCUGCUCAUGUGCUUUCUGCAUAUCCUCAAGAGCAUGUCAGAAGAGGCUCUUUUUUCUUACUGGAACAAAGCAGCUUCAUCAGAGCUGAUGGACUUCUUUACAUUAAUAGAAAUUUGCCUUCAUCAGUUCAGAUACAUGGGGAAGAGAUUCAUCGCCAGGAGCCAGGAAGGGACUGGGCCUGUAGCUCCCGACAGGAAGUCUCUGACUCUACCUGUGUCUCGUAACAGGGCAGGGAUCCUGCAUGCUCGCCUGCAGCAGCUGGGGGCGCUGGAGAACGCUCACACCUUCAACAACAUGUAUUCGCACACGGAAGCAGAUGUGAGCAACCAGUGCUUGCUAGAGGCCAACGUGUCCACAGAGGUGUGUCUCACGGUGCUGGACACACUCAGCAUCUUCAUCAUGGGAUUCAAGACCCAGUUGACCUCAGACUUGGGUCACAACCCCCUAAUGAAGAAGGUUUUCCAGGUGCACUUGUGCUUCCUGCAGAUCCCUCAGUCUGAGGUCGCUCUCAAACAGGUCUUCACCUCACUCAGGACUUUCAUCUACAAGUUCCCCUGUACCUUCUUUGAUGGCCGGGCCGACAUGUGUGCCUCCCUGUGCUAUGAAAUCCUAAAGGGCUGUAACUCCAAGCUGAGCUCCAUCCGCAAUGACGCAGCCCAUCUUCUCUAUUUCCUCAUGAAAAGUAACUUUGACUACACGGGACGCAAAUCCUUUGUGCGAACACACCUGCAGGUGGUAAUAGCCGUCAGUCAGCUGAUUGCAGACGUCAUCGGCAUCGGGGGAACUCGUUUCCAGCAGUCUCUCUCUAUCAUCAAUAACUGCGCCAACAGUGACAAAAACGUCAAGCACACUGCCUUUCCAUCAGAUGUGAAAGACCUGACGAAGCGCAUCAGGACAGUGCUGAUGGCCACAGAGCAGAUGAAGGAGCACGAGAAUGACCCAGAGAUGCUGGUGGAUCUCCAGUACAGCCUGGCCAAGUCCUACACCAGCACGCCCGAGCUCCGAAAGACCUGGCUGGACAGCAUGGCUCGCAUCCACAACAAGAAUGGAGACCUUUCAGAGGCUGCCAUGUGUUACGUGCAUGUUGCUGCUCUGGUGGCUGAGUACCUGUGGAGAAAAGGUAUGUUCAGACAGGGAUGCUCUGCUUUCCGCGUCAUCACACCAAACAUUGAUGAGGAGGCGGCCAUGAUGGAGGAUGUGGGGAUGCAGGACGUUCACUUCAAUGAGGAGGUGCUGAUGGAGCUGCUGGAGGAGUGUGCUGAUGGCCUCUGGAAGGCUGAGCGUUACGAGCUCAUUGCUGAUGUUUACAGGCUCAUCAUCCCCAUCUAUGAGCAGAGAAGAGACUUUGAGAAACUGACACACCUGUACGACACCCUCCACCGCGCCUACACUAAAGUGAUGGAAGUGAUGCACACAGGCAAGAGACUGCUGGGCACAUACUUCAGAGUGGCCUUCUUUGGACAGGCUGCGGGUUUUUUUGAGGAUGAGGAUGGAAAGGAAUACAUCUACAAGGAGCCAAAGUUCACCCCACUGUCUGAGAUUUCCCAGAGACUCCUGAAGCUCUACUCUGACAAGUUUGGCCAGGAGAAUGUUAAGAUCAUUCAGGAUUCUAGCAAGGUGAACCCGAAGGAUUUGGACUCCAAGUACGCCUACAUCCAGGUGACCCACGUCACACCUUACCUGGACGACAAGGACCUGGAGGACAGGAAGACAGAUUUUGAGAAAAGCCACAACAUCCGGAGAUUUGUGUUUGAGACGCCAUUUACGGUGUCGGGCAAGAAGCAGGGAGGAGUGGAGGAGCAGUGUAAAAGGCGGACCAUUCUCACCACCACACACUGUUUCCCUUAUGUUAAGAAGCGCAUAGCGGUCAUGUACCAACACCAGACGGACCUGAGCCCCAUUGAGGUGGCCAUCGACGAGAUGAGCUCCAAGGUGGCUGAGCUGCGACUGCUGUGCUCCGCCUCAGAGGUGGACAUGAUCCGGCUGCAGCUCAAACUGCAAGGCAGCAUCAGUGUGCAGGUAAAUGCUGGUCCUCUCGCUUAUGCCAGAGCUUUCUUGGACAACACCAGUGCCAAGAAAUAUCCUGACAACAAGGUCAAACAACUCAAAGAGGUGUUCAGGCACUUUGUGGACGCCUGUGGUCAGGCGCUGGGGGUGAAUGAGCGGCUGAUUAAAGAGGACCAGCAGGAGUAUCACGACGAGAUGAAGGCCAACUACAGGGACCUGGCCAGGGAGCUGUCCAGCAUCAUGCAUGAGCAGAUAAACCCGGUGGAAGAUGGUACACGGAGCGCUCUGGCUGACUCUAUGGGCAUCUUCAAUGCCAUCAGUGGCACGCCAACCAGUGCCAACCCACAUGGCUCGACCACCGUACUCUGACAGGGACGCUUCCCACCGCUCUCACAUGCCUUCUUCACUUCUGCCAGUCAGGGGGAAUCAGUUAGGACAAAAAUAAACCUCAGUUCCUGGUGUGAUAUCUCCUGCAUUUCAUGACUGAGUAGAUAAUUGUCAUUCAUCCAUCGUUCUUGUUUCCUAUGGAGACUAUGGAGCCAGAUUUGAGUCGUAAAUCUGGCUCAAAUCUUUCAUCCAACGUGUAAGCACGUGCGCUGCCUUGGCAUAUGUGCAUCCGCCACUGUGACUGACAACGUUAUGUUAUCAUAAAACACAUCGUAAACCCACCCAAAGAAUGCCGUCCAUAGGUUGAAACCAACACAAGGAGCUCCAUCUGCAAUUUGAACCUUAUCUUUUUAGGGCAGUGUUUGUGAAAGAAAAUUUUUAUAAUGGGAAAUGCCACUGCUGUAGCCACACAUACAUUCUUCAACUCAUGCUCAGUAUUUUUACAUUUGUACUUCAUUUAUCUUCCCCAUCCCUGUUAUGGCAGAUGCACUUUUCUCUUUUCUCUCUCUAGGAGCAUUUAAAAAGAAUCAUUCCCUCUAUUUUAGACAUGUACAAUAUAAAAACUGUCUGAAGCCAAGUGGACCACAAUGUUUGAACCUAUUUUCUGCAAAGAAAAAGAAGUAUGUGCAAUAUUUUCUAUUGUUACAGAGGCUAUACCUACUGCACAGAGAAAACACUCUUGCCAAAGACAUUAGAAAAAAACAAUGCAAGAUAAGAGUGUGGCAAUUUAUAAUCGACCCAUGUGUUUCUUUGUCUGUCAUUUAGAUGCCUUUUAUUAUCUGUGAGAUAAAAAAACAAACAUUUUUACUUUUUUGCUCAUGUACUGUAAAUAUGUUAAAGACUUAAAGAAAUAAAUUCUUACAUGUCUCACUGUGA